CAGGAACGAGCAGGUCAGCUGGUGAAUUAUUGUGGAAAGAGCGGCAGGUCCAGUAUCACUUAUGUCGGCUUCUGAUCCGAUAACAAUCAGUUUCGAUUAUUCCGUCCCACCACCACCAAUGGGAUGUCUCUAUGAGAGUCCUCAUUGUAAUGGUGACGCCGGUGUGCACAGUCCUGCGCCACCUUCGAGUUUUCAGCGGAAAACCACGUACAAAAAUGGAACUGUAGAAUUGACCAUAAUUGAUGAUGAACCCUCGUCAUCCUCACCUCAUAGUAGUUGCGAUGCAAAUGAUCAACCCGAUGAAAUUGUCAAGAAUCUCUCUGGUGUUGGUGAUUUGGUCGCAGUGCUCAGAGGAGAGAAAGUUUUUGACAAACAUCGGAUCAUCCUCGACAGUUAUGGGCGAGAUAUCAACAGACCACGAAAGCCUUUACCGGAAUGUAGAGUUGCCCAAGUAGCGCAGCUGAUCGCUUUUGGCGACCAUCAAGAACCAUGCGAUCUGCCUCCUCCUCCACCUCAUCCCACAGAUGUCGUUUCGGUGCGCAAACUCAUGCGCUCAAAAAUGACACGAUGUAAGCGUUGCAAGAAUCGUUUCAUAGAAAAAAAUAUCUACGAGAGGCAUUUACGUGACAGACAUCCUGCUGAUUACACUGCUUACAUUGAAGAGCAGGAAGCAGAAAUGGAACAACAACGGCAAGAAGAGAUCGAAGCGAACCGAAUUGAGGAGCUUCAGACAGGCGGGUUUAUCCCGCCAGAAUCAGAGAUUGAAGCAUCUUCGUUCGAGGUCGACGUCGAAAGGAUUCCGCUCCCUGGUGAAAAUAAUGGCGGAGUUGCUCCACGUUUUGAUCAAUAUGGGCGAUUAAAACAGUUGAAACGCCUGUAUAAGAAGAAGAUAUCCCCCCAGUGCCCAUUUUGUGAUAAACGAUUUCGUAACGAAUACUCGCUGAAGAAGCAUUUUGUAAAGAAACACUCCGAACUUGUGGAAUUCAAACAGUGCACAAGAUGCUACAAGUGUGUGAAAGAUGAUGAGGAAUUGGAAAGUCAUCUUUGUGAAUUGACAUUCGUCUGCUUUGAAUGUACUCCUGUGCGCAACCUCUGCAGCGAUGUACGCCUAUUGAAUCACAGGAAGAAGUUUCACAGAGGUGCAAAUAGUGGAUUCAAAUGCAACCUAUGCAACUUGAAAUUCCUAACUCCUCGAAAACUCCGAAAGCACAAGAAGAUGUCCCAUGUUUUCACAAAAACCUAUCAGUGCCAUUUUUGCGAGGAAAUUUUCAUUAGUGAAGUUGCGGUGAUGACACAUGAGCGCAUCCACACUGGAAUGAUAAAGUUUGAAUGUCGUAUAUGCGAUUACAAGGCUAAUCGAUAUAUUCAAAUGGAUGAACACUGUAAAAACGAACACGGCUACAUCUGCUCCAUCUGUCAGGAGAAGACGGCUGAGUGGAGCGAUAUGAAACAUCAUACGCUUGUGAAGCAUGGUGGAUAUCUGGCUACAGAGCAAAACGCUGGGUACAUCGAAAGUCCUCGAGUAUGGGUUCUCUUCAAAGGCGAAUAG